CCCACGCGGAAGUCGGGAAGGGCGGCCUCACCUCACACACUCCGACCCCCGGCAUGCAGGAGGAAGAGCACCUCCAGGUCCCCAUGGGGACAGAAGGGGACAGCUUCCCACUGUUGGACAUGUGUCCUCAGGAGACCCAGGCCCCUGAGGAAUGGGACUACGUCCUGGUGGCCGACCGGCGCACCCAGAGAAGCCACCAGCAGGUGCAGCGGCAGCAGCUGUUCCUGGAGGAGCUCAGGAGGAAAGGCCUCCACUUCAAGGUGAGAGAGGACCAGAAGCAGGUGUUCUUUGGAAUCCGAGCUGACAGCAGGAUCUUCGACCUGUACCACACCCUUCUCGUGGAGCCCGAGGGUGCCACCCCCAGCGCCGAGCCGGCCAAGCUGACCCCCGUCCCAGCCACCACUCGAAUCCGCAUCGUCAACUUCAUCCUGAACAGCAAGACGGCGGCUGGCGGCACCUUUGAGGAGCUGGUGAAAGACGGGGUCUUCGAGGCCAGGUUCCCCCUGCACAAGGGGGAGGAAGACUUGAAGAAGAAGUGGGCCCGCUGGAGGGACAUGGCCCAGGAGCAGCCGGUCGAUGAAAUCAGGGGCUACUUCGGCGAGAAGGUGGCGCUGUACUUCGCCUGGCUCGGCUGGUACACCUACAUGCUGGUGCCCGCCGCCCUGGUGGGGCUCCUCGUCUUUCUGAGUGGUUUCGCCCUGUUCGACGCCAGCCAGAUCAGCAAGGAGAUCUGCAACGCCACAGACAUCUUCCUGUGUCCCCACGGCGACCGCCAGCGCAGCUUCCAGCCGCUGUCAGACACCUGCACCUUCGCCAAGCUCACACACCUCUUCGACAACGAGGGCACUGUGCUGUUCGCCAUCUUCAUGGCGCUGUGGGCCACUGUGUUCCUGGAGGUCUGGAAGCGGCAGCGGGCGCGCGUGGUCCUGCACUGGGACCUGUACGGCUGGGAUGAGGACCAGGAAGAGAUGGCGCUGGAGCUCAUCAACUGCCCCGACUACCAGCUGCGGCCACACCAGCACUCCUACCUGCGCAGCAGCAUCAUCCUGGGCCUGUCCCUGCUCAUGAUCUGCCUCAUGGUCGGCAUGGCCCACGUGCUGGUGGUGUACCGUGUGAUGGCUGCGGCUCUCUUCAGCAACUUGAACUGGUCCUUCCUGGGGGAGGAGCAGGUGACCACGGCCGUGGUGGUGACCGGGGCCUUGGUGCACUAUGUGAUCAUUGUCGUCAUGACCAAGGUCAACAAAUAUGUGGCCCUGAAGCUUUGUGACCUUGAGAAGCCCAGGACGUUCUCGGAGCGCGAGCGCAAGUUCACCGUCAAGUUCUUCACGCUGCAGUUCUUCGCCCACUUCUCCUCGCUCAUCUACAUUGCCUUCAUCCUGGGCAGGAUCAACGGACACCCUGGGAAGUCCACGCGCCUGGCUGGCCAGUGGAAGCUGGAGGAGUGCCACCUCAGCGGCUGCAUGAUGGACCUCUUCGUGCAAAUGGCCAUCGUCAUGGGGCUGAAGCAGACGCUGAGCAACUGCAUGGAGUACCUGCGCCCGUGGCUGGCCCACAAGUGGCGCUCCAUGCGGGCCAGGUUGCACCGCGCGGCCGCGGACCCUGAGCUCGCCGACUGGCGGCGCAACUACCUCCUGAACGCAGUCACCACCUUCAGUCUGUUCGACGAGUUCAUGGAGAUGAUGAUCCAGUAUGGCUUCACCACCAUCUUCGUGGCCGCCUUCCCGCUGGCGCCACUGCUGGCCCUCUUCAGCAACCUGGUAGAGAUCCGCCUGGACGCCAUCAAGAUGGUGCGGCUGCAGCGGCGCCUGGUCCCGCGCAAGGCCAAGGACAUCGGGACAUGGCUGCAGGUGCUGGAGACCAUUGGGGUGCUGGCUGUCAUCGCCAACGGCAUGAUCAUCGCCUUCACGUCUGAGUUCAUCCCCCGCGUGGUCUACAAGCACCGCUAUGGCCCAUGCAGCCAGGGCAACCGCUCUGCCCAGGACUGCCUCACAGGCUACGUCAACCACAGCCUGUCCAUCUUCUACACCAAGGACUUCCCACGCUCCUCCGCGGCGGCAGAGGCCUCUGGGAACGUGACCGAGUGCAGGUACCGGGACUACCGCAAUGCUGGCGACUACAACCUGUCUGAGCAGUUCUGGUUCCUCUUGGCCAUCCGCCUGGCCUUCGUCAUCCUCUUUGAGCACGUCGCUCUGUGCAUCAAGCUCAUUGCGGCCUGGUUCGUACCAGACGUCCCUCAGUCCGUGAAGAACAAAGUUUUGGAGGAGAAGUACCGCAAACUGCGGGAGAGGAUGCGCUUCAGUUCCAAGAGCACCGAGGUGUAGAGAACCCAGAGCUGCUACCAGGAGCAGCUGGUAGACAGAGCUGCCUGCACCACCUCCUACCCUGCCCGCGGCUCUGCACAUGUGUGUGUGUGUGUGCUGUGUGACAUAUGUGUGGUGUGUGUGCUGUGUGACAUAUGUGUGGGGUGUGUGUGUGUGUGUGCUGUGUUAG